GAGGUCUCGCGUGUGGCCAGCUUGACGAUGUGGCGGGCUGUACUACAAAGACCAAAUGCAUAAAAGGAACAGAAAUUAUUUCCUCUGUUAUUGAUGGUGUCUCAAAAAAAGGGGAACGAUUCACCGAAACGAUGAAAAUCACACUGAUUUUACUCGCGCUUAAAAUCUGGAGCGAGCUUCAACUCACAGCUGCUGACCCCGGGGCUGGUUUACGUACCUGGGAUAGAUUCAGUAAACUUCCAUAUCCCGGUGACAAAGCCUUUUUGUACGACACUUUUCCAGACAACUUUUUGUGGGCUGUCGGGACCGCAGCUUAUCAAGUUGAGGGAGCCUGGGAAAAAGACGGUAAGGGCAAGUCCAUCUGGGAUACUUUUACGCGCGGCGGUAACCGAAUAGUCAGGGGAGACGUAGGCAGUGACAGUUACCAUAACAUCCCGGGCGACCUGCGUGCACUGCAGCAGCUUGGAGUCAGUCACUACCGGUUCUCUUUGUCUUGGCCUCGGAUAUUUCCCAACGGAAGUAGAAGCAGUUACAACGAAAAAGGGGCAGAUUACUAUAAAACUUUAAUACGAGGCUUAAAGGAAAUCAAAGUGCAGCCGGUAGUCACGCUGUAUCACUGGGACUUGCCAGAUAACUUGCAAACCCGCUUCGGAGGUUGGAACAACUCCAUUCUCGUGGAUUUGUUUAAAGAGUACGCGGAUUUUUGUUUCAAAACCUUUGGCGCUGACGUUAAAUAUUGGAUCACCAUAGACAAUCCAUUUGUCGUGGCUUGGCAUGGAUACGGGACAGGCGUGGUUGCCCCAGGAAUAAAAAAUGAUUCAGAUCUGCCGUUUAGAGUUGGACAUAAUCUUCUGAAGGCCCACGCUGCAGCCUGGCACCUGUAUGACGAGCGAUACCGAGUUAGCCAGGGAGGUAGAGUGUCCAUGGCCCUGGCCUCUCACUGGAUCAAGCCCAGCCGGACUCGACAGGAGAACCGCAAGGCCUGUCAGUGCUCCCUGGACUUUGUCCUGGGCUGGUUUGCGCGGCCUCUAUUCGUGGACGGCGACUAUCCACCCUGCAUGAAGCGCAACCUGACACACAGACUGCCCUCGUUCUCCGAAACUGAGAAGGCUUACAUCAGGCACACGGCGGAUUUUUUCGCUUUGUCUCACGGGCCUGCCCUAAGCUUCCUCAUCAAUGACAGCCUACGCUUUGGACAAACGGAGGAUUUGGACCUGCGCAUGUUGCUCUACUGGGUCAAUGAAGAAUAUAACAACCCACCCAUUUUUGUGGUGGAGAGUGGCUGGUUUGUCAGUGGCAAUACCAAAACGAAAGAUGCCAAGCACAUGUAUUACCUGAAACGCUUUAUCAUGGAGACCCUUAAAUCCAUUAGGUUUGACAAAGUGAACGUGAUUGGUUACACCGCUUGGUCUCUGCUUGACGGUUUUGAGUGGUACCGUGAAUACGGUAUACGUCGCGGCCUUUACUACGUGGACUUCAAUACACCUGAUCUGAAGAGAGAACCCAAAACAUCUGCUAUCUUCUACAGCAAACUCAUUGAGAAAAACGGCUUCCCUCAGCUGCCAGAGAACCGGCCAGCUCAAGGAGUCUUCCCCUGCAACUUUGCCUGGGGAGUUGCCGCUAACUCCAUUCAGGUGGAGACUACUCCCACUCAGUUUGCUGAUCCGAGUAUUUACAUCUGGAACAUCUCUGGGAAUGGAGAGCUGAAGAAACUGGAGGGCACCCAGGUCCUGCCAUUACGCAGAGCACGACACUGCGCUGACUAUGCCACCAUCCGUCAGCAGGUGUCUGAGGUGCGACGUAUACAUGUAUCCCACUUCCACUUCUCUCUUAACUGGUCUUCCAUCGUUCCCACGGGACAUGCGUCUGAGGCCAACGAUACGUUACUCGGUUAUUACCAUUGCUUUGUGAGUGAGCUGCAAAGGGCCAAUAUUACACCUGUGGUGACUCUUUGGCAUCACACCGGGAAGAUCUCCAGCCUGCCUAUACCCAUGGAGGCCAAUGGAGGUUGGCAGAGCACAGAGACGGUGCGGGCCUUUGCUGAAUAUGCCAGACUCUGUUUCCGCAGGCUUGGAGCACAUGUGAAACUGUGGAUCACGCUGAAUGAGCCUAAUGAGGAAGGCCUGGGCUAUGAAGUUGGACAUCAGCUACUCCGGGCCCACGCUCUGGCCUGGCGUGUCUACGACAAAGAGUUCCGCCAGGUCCAGGGUGGGAAGGUGUCGCUUGUUCUGCACAUGGACUGGGUGGAGCCGGCUUUCUCUUUCAACCGGGAAGACGUCGCACCUGCAAACCGCGUCUUGGACUUCCGCGUCGGGUGGUUUGCGGAGCCCAUUUUCGGAAGUGGCGACUACCCACCAGUGAUGAGGAGCUGGCUUCAGCAGAGGAAUCCCAUCGAUUUAUUCAACUACCAUUUGCCCACAUUCAGUGAGGAAGACAGACACCUGAUUAAGGGCACGUAUGACUUCUUUGCUCUUAGCCACUUCACCACCUCUAUGGCUUACGAUGAAGUUGAGGACAAGUAUACCUUUAAGGACAAGUUUGAGGUGCAGCUCAUAUCUGAUGUGACCUGGAUUAUGUCUCCACGUCGCAACUCUCCAGUGGUUCCCUGGGGUCUUCGCAAGGCCCUCAACUGGGUAAACUCUCGGUACAAGGAUGUCCCUAUAUAUGUUAUGGGUAAUGGCGUCCAAGAGGACACUGCACGGUUCAAAGACAGUCUGCGAGUCUACUACCUUUACAACUACAUCAAUGAAGCUUUGAAGGCAUACACACUGGAUAGGGUUAAUCUGCAGGGCUAUUUUGCAUAUGCACUGAACGACCAGCGGGAUCCAGGGUUUGGCUUGUAUGGCCAUGUGCAAGAUGAGGUCAUUGUCAAGUCAUCACUGACCCAUUACCGCAACAUUAUUGAUCACAACGGCUUCCCCGAACACGGCAGCCCACCUCAGCACUGUCCCCGCGUCACUCAGCAUUGUCCCGGCUGCCACGUCCUGGCCAAGCGACCUGUCGUGGGCUUUCUCUCAUUGGUGGGUUUAGGCAUACUCAUCACUCUAGGUUUGACUAUAUACUAUGCGACAAAAAGACACAAAUAACUUAUUUACUGCGUGUCUCCCUUGACCUCUCUGUCACAAAAUUGCUUUAACAAUGUAACAACAAAAAAAGAGAAAGAAAGAAAGAAAGAAAGAAAGAAAGAAAGAAAGAAAGAAAAAGGUAGUUUUAGGCAGUUAAUGAAGACUUAGAUUUUUCUUUGUCAGACUGGUUUAUAUAUAAGUAUAUAAAUCAUGACUUACUUGCACUGCUGGGCCGUAUCUAUGGAGAGUAACAGGGCAGUGCAAAGACUCUUUGGGAGACUGGUGGCUGCAUGUAAACCGGAAAUGACUUUCAGCAACUGAUUCAAAACAGUAAUAAUAUGCUCCAGUCUAAGGCCAAGUCUAUAGUGUGUCCUCUGACCUUUAACCUCAUCUUGAAAGAUAUCAUCAUGAAGGUCCACAGACCUGUAAACUCUGGGCCACUGAAGAUGAGGUACCUGAAAGGGGAUCAGUCAAUCCCCCUGACCCACCACCUCCCCCAAAACUUAAGUUAGUUACCUCAUACUUUCCCUUUAGCUUUAUCUCUCCCACAUUACAGGAGAAGUUGAGUUAAAGGGAAAGAUUCUACACAUAGACCCAAAGAACACGAAAUGACCGUUUGGGUGCUGAGGUCUGUGUUACACAUUUGUAGGCAAAUGGAGUUUCUUUUUGUGUUGUUUUUCUCAUGUACUGUUGUCCACUAUGUACCUUCUUCCCUUUACCCUCUAGUUUCUUUGGAGACCUGUUUGUGAAUUAUGAUGAACAUGCCAUAUAUACAUUUUUUUUUUUUUGGCUUGUGUUUGUUUAUUUGCACUUUAAAAAUUAUUUUGAAGCAUUUCCUGUGGGCUGAAAGACACUUAUAUAAUGUUCUUAAAAUGAAUGUUUGAAUACAUAACCUGCUGCACUUUUCCAGACUGGCAUUAUUUAAAAAAUCAAAUCCACAAGAUGA